GGAGAGUAUAAAUAUCGCGCUCGCUGCGAAAUAUCAUCCGUCAUCCUCGAUUUACGUGUACUUAUCUAUACGAUCUUCGUCCAACGUUUUAGCCUCCAUCCAUCCUUUCCGUCAUGAUCACCACUGCGCUCAACGGCGCUGCCCGCAUCACCAUCGGCGGAUAUCUCGCCGCGUCAUACUUCAAAGAGACUGUCUUCGACCCCACGUAUAAGCUCAUAUACAAAACGGAGAAGGUGUCGUUUAGCGUGGUCGCAUUCAACGUCUGCCUUGAAACUGCAAUACUCAUUCUAGCCUCCGACAAAGCCGCUCGGACAAUUAUCAGUGGCGGUAUCAAGUGGCAGAAACCCGCCCCCAUGCACGAUUCGGCCGAGCCCAAUCCACCCCUCACUGGCGACAAUGUGGCCGACAUCCCCGCCUCACUUGCCUCAUCCCCAUCAAACACGAUCGCAACCGAUUCAGAAGCCUUCAGCAAUUUACCAAUCACAUCCACUGCACCCCGCACACUAGUACUAACUUUGACGCCAAAGCCUAAGCGCUUCUCGCUCGAUUCGGACACCACCGUGGUAACCCACGACGACUUCGUUAAGGACGUCUCUGGCCAUGACUCCGAAGACGCCAAAGAUCGUGAGUGUCAUGAUAACGGAAGCACUUUCCGCGAGGACGACGUUUCCAGCAACCUGCCCCCAGGAACGAAGGCCAUUACCUCCAGCAACCCAGAUGGUCCCUCUCGACAGUCGCAGCCACUUAUCUUAGUCGACACACACCAGACGUCUGCAAAUCCCGACCUCGCUCCUCCUGGGUCCGCCCGCCCCAUCGAAGCAUCUCGGACGAUGGAGCCGCGUCUAAAGCCUCCGGAUACGAAGCGCACCAACGGACUCCUACCUCAUCUACAUACUACGCUUCCGCAUCAAAGGUCCCACCCGGGCAAAUAUAAGGAUGAAUCUAGAGCUUCUCGUCUGAUUGUCGCGCGUGACAGCAUCGCGCGCUCACGCCUCAAGCAAGCCACGAUCAUGAUUGGUUAGUAUUUCUCGUGACGCCCGCAUCGCUUAUUCAUUUCAUAUAGAUCACCUUGAGCAACUCUACGACGAGAUCCUCGUUGACCAAGCGGCCCUUGUCGACGGCUGGGCCGCUGCCAUGGCGGAGCUGGGACUCACUUCAAUGCUGUCACCAGGGCCAUCGCUUCCGAACACGACGCUUCCGAACACGACGAUUACAUUUCUACGCACCUACUAGCCUAUCUCCGCGGUCA